UCGAGCGGCCGCUUCGCAACGCGACGCUCCUUCGCGCCAAUUUCGGCCCGCCAUCUUUGAAUCUCGAAUAUAGAACUCGGUUGUGUUGGAAAUCAAAUUAGAACAAUUAAAUUAAAAAGAAAUGUUUCUGACAGUGUCCUAAAAAGUAUUUAAUAUUUCAACAGUAAAUUAUAGUUUGUUAGUUUGCAAAGUUUAUGUAGCGUUGAUGUUCUAGAGUUUUAAAAGUGUAAAGUUUGUGAAAGUGUGUUUGAUGUUUUUAAUUUAUUUAUUGUAGUUGACUGUGUAAGGACACCAGUAUUUAAGAUUUCGUGCGGCACUGGUUAAAUACAACAAACAAGCAAGAUGUACGGGCUACUGCUGGAGAAUAUGGCGGAGUACAUUCGACAGACGUACGGAGAGGAGCGGUGGGAGGACAUCAGACGGCAGGCGGGGGUGGAGCAGCCCUCCUUCUCAGUGCACCAGGUGUACCCGGAGAAUAUGAUCGCACGACUCGCGAAGAAGGCGCAGGAGGUACUAGGCAUAUCAGAACGGGAGUUUAUGGACCAAAUGGGUGUAUAUUUCGUCGGUUUCGUCUCACAGUAUGGCUACGACAGAGUUUUAUCAGUGCUAGGAAGACACAUGAGAGAUUUCUUAAAUGGAUUGGAUAAUUUACAUGAGUAUUUAAAGUUUAGCUACCCAAGAAUGAGAGCACCCAGUUUUAUAUGCGAGAAUGAGACUAGGCAAGGUUUGACAUUACAUUAUAGGACAAAAAGAAGAGGAUUUGUAUACUAUGCCAUGGGACAAAUACGAGAGGUAGCUCGCCACUUUUAUCACAAAGAGAUGAGGAUUGAAUUACUAAGAGAGGAGUUACUAUUCGACACGGUCCAUGUGACGUUUCAACUGACGUUCGACAACAGAGCAUUUACCCUGGCGUCUUUGGCGAUGACCAGAGAAGAGAAGCAUCUUCCAAUAAGUGCGUCCGUGUUAUUCGAGAUAUUCCCCUUCUGUAUCGUUUUUGGGUCAGACAUGGUGGUGCGCAGUAUCGGCAACUCGCUGAUGGUGAUCCUGCCAGACCUCGUCGGUAAGAAGAUCACGAACUGGUUCGACCUCGUGCGCCCGCUCAUCGCAUUCAAAUUCCAAACUAUCCUGAACCGCACCAACAACAUCUUCGAGCUGGUGACUGUAGAAGCCGUGAUGCAUGAGAAAGCUCCAGACAAACGGAACGAACUGCUUCGACUGUCUGACGAGUCCGAUGGACCUACCGAGAAGAACUUGCGGCUUAAAGGUCAGAUGAUCUACAUGGACAACUGGCGGAUGAUGAUGUACUUGGGGACUCCAGUGAUGCCGGAUCUGUCAGCACUCGUGUCCACGGGGCUCUACAUCAACGACUUGUCCAUGCAUGACUUUAGCAGAGAUCUAAUGCUGGCCGGCACACAGCAAUCCGUAGAAUUAAAAUUAGCCCUAGACCAAGAGCAGCAGAAGAGUAAGAAGUUGGAGGAAUCCAUGAGGAAACUGGAUGAGGAGAUGAAGAGGACAGACGAGCUGCUGUACCAGAUGAUACCGAAGCAGGUGGCCGACCGGCUGCGGAACGGAGAGAACCCGAUCGACACUUGUGAGAUGUUCGACAGCGUGUCGAUCCUGUUCUCCGACGUGGUGACCUUCACGGAGAUAUGUUCCCGCAUCACGCCGAUGGAGGUGGUCUCCAUGUUGAAUGCCAUGUACUCCAUAUUCGAUACCCUCACCGAGAGGAACCGGGUCUAUAAGGUAGAGACAAUAGGGGACGCGUACAUGGUGGUAUCUGGUGCUCCGGAGAAGGAAGACAACCACGCAGAGAAGGUGUGCGACAUGGCGCUGGAUAUGGUCGACGCGAUCACUGACCUUAAGGACCCUAGCACAGGAUCUCACCUGUCCAUCCGAGUGGGCGUACACUCAGGCGCAGUGGUGGCGGGUAUCGUCGGCCUCAAGAUGCCCCGGUACUGCCUCUUCGGGGACUCGGUGAACACGGCCUCCCGCAUGGAGUCCACCUCAGAGGCCAUGCGGAUCCACAUCUCGCAGACCACUAGGGAGCUGCUGUCGCCUUCUUACAUGGUUGAGGAACGGGGGGAGAUACAGGUGAAGGGGAAAGGAGCAAUGAAGACCUACUGGCUAGAAGGCCGCGAGUCCCGACCUUCUCUCACUAAAGUAAUCUCCCCACAACUACAACCUGGCGCCGAGCUGGAGUGGGAGCGAGCUGCUGACGUGAGGGACAGCAUCGCAGAGCAUUCAGCUCAGAACAACAAGGAGCUGGCUGAGCGUAACCUGGCCAACUCUGCUCCUAACUCUCUGGCUCAUUAUAAUAGCAACACCAACAUGGCGCCAUCGCCAACAAUCCGCAGCUCGCAGAUCUCGACUCCCGCGCCGACUGUGACGUCACCGGCGGAAGAGAGACGCAUGUACUCUCCCGUCACCUUUCAGGAUGUCGCACGACGGAGUAUAGCCAACUCACCGAAUAGACAUGAAACUGUUAGAGAAUCGCGAUCGAACUCGGCGAGCGUGGGAGGUUGGACUGACGCUGAGUCCCUAGACCCAACUAAGGCCAUGGAUAGUCUCAAUUCUUCCUUCUGUUACAGUGCGACGUCCCCUUGCAGAGUAGUGACGGCGCCUGCGCCGAAUGAGCGUGAGUUGGAGCCCUUUCAUCUGCCCGGGUUCCUCCCGCGGAUGUCGCCAACGCACUCGGCGCCGGCCGCCGUCGACUCCUGCGCCACUCUCCGGCCAGACACCGCCUCCUCAAUUGCACACAAACUCAGUGGAGAUGAAAUAGAAACCGACACAGAAUAUCAAGACGCGACGGAACUCAACACACACGUGUGCACCAUAUCAGAAACUGUUAUCGAGGCGACCCUUCCGAAACCGGGUAAAGUGGGCCGGUUUAAGGCGCGAAUAGCCCCCGGGUAUCACAAGACGUGCGUGCAGAAACAGUCUUUAAAAGACAAACAGGUUCCACCGGGCAACGUGCAACCUCAUGGUCACCAUCACACGAAAAACGCCAACCACCACCAAUGUUGCGGCGCCUUCGGUAACCCCCAUGUGAGGCAUAAAACUAGUAAUUCUAGUUGUCAUCUCAUUUAAGUAUUAAGUUAGUUUUUAGUAGUUGUUUGCCUUUUCUGGAUCGACUGCAAAAGGUUUUUUUUUCUAAUGGCACUAGUGCUACUUUGUAUUAAUGUCAAAUUUUAAAAGAUUGGGAAACUAAAAGGAAGGAAAAUAACAUUCGGGAACGGAUUGCAAAAGGUGUUUCUGAGUUGUUAGAUGUAGAUUGUCACCGCUAUGUUACGGGCAAUUUGAGAAAUUCAGGCAUUAUGUUUGAUGACCGUGAGCGUCGGUCAAAUUUAUAAGGACGACGGUUAUUUUAUUUUUUUUCAAUUAUAUUUUUUUCUUUUUUUUUACUUUGCCCGAUCCAUAUUAAUAAUGC